UCUUUUCGAGGCGCUUCUGUGAUUCAUAAUGGCGAAAUUGUCGUAUAUUUUUUAAUAUGAUAUAUGGACUUCUAAAAACUUUUGAAAAGAAAUGAUUUUUUUCUUAUAUGAGAUACUGUUUAAGCCAAGCAGUAUUGAAAUAGAAGAAAUAUUAUUAAGAAAGUGAUUUCAAAUAACCUAAUAGCGGCUUGCUAGCCAAUUUGCAAGCUGACGCUUGCGUUUUACUAGUUUAUUGAUUAUUUACCCGAAUAAUAUCAAAUAUGAUGAUGUAUACGGGGACUAGUACAGAACAGGACACACGCUUCAGUGACAAGGAGAAGAAGUUGAUGAAGCAAAUGAAGUUUGGUGACUGCUUGACGCAACAGGUGGACAUGUCGAAGGUGAAGCUGGACAUCAUUAAGCCGUGGAUAACUCAGAAGAUCACGGAGAUCCUCAAGAUGGAAGACGACGUCGUCAUCGACUACGUCAACAACCAACUCGAGGAAAAGUUCCCUUGCCCCAAAAAGAUGCAGAUCAAUUUGACGGGUUUCCUGAACGGCAAGAACGCGCGGCUGUUCAUGGGAGAACUGUGGGAGCUGCUGCUGAGUGCGCAGGCCAGCGAGAGUGGGAUACCGGACACAUUUACUCAACAGAAGAAAGAGGAAAUAAAGAAGAGGAUGGAGGAGCAGAAAGAUAAGGAGAAGGACAGAGACCGGCGCCGCAGCUCGCGCUCCAGGAGUCGCUCCAGACGCUCGCGGGACAGGGAGCGGCGCCGCUCCAGGACACGCUCCAGGGACCGGUCAGCGGACAGGAAAUAUCGCGGAAGCAGCUCAUCUCGUAGAUCUCGUCGUAGAAGUCGGGACAAGAGUCCACCUAAAUCCACCCACAUUGAGGAAAUUAAACUACCAGAACCUAAAGAGAAUGGCAAGUCACCACGGCAAGAGACGAAUGAAGUAUCGGAUGUGAAGGAGGAGGAAGAAACCGUACAGAAUCAUACUAAUGAUUCCGUGAAAGAAGAACUAAAUGACAGUGGGGAGAAAGCUGUUGAGAGCAAUGGAAAAAAGUCAAGAUCGGCGUCGCCUGCUAAGUCUGUUGAGGGUAAGGAAGAUGGUGAGAAGACAGUGGAAAAGAAGCAAAGGUCUUCAAGUGAACGGCGGUCGUCGUCUCGCUCGUCGCAUGGCAGUAUCAAGAAACCGACUUCGCUCAAGAAGCGCCACUACCGCUCCAACAGGGACUCCUCUACCAGCGUCAGUCCUCGACGUAGCUCUCGAAGAGAGAGAAGCAAGUCGCGGCAACGUAGCAGUCGACGUCGGUCAGUGGACCGGCGAGACAGAGAGCGAGAUAGAGAACGGGAACGAGAGCGGGAGAGGGAGAGGGAAAGAGAGCGGAGGCGGCGCGAGCGGGAGAGGAGAGACAGGUCCCGCGAGCGUCGGCGAUCGCUGGAGAAACGUAGACGUUCCCGAUCGCGGUCUCGACGCCGUUCAAACGACAGGUCUCGCGAGCGUCGUCGUUCGCGGUCUCGUAGACGUUCCCGUUCAGUGCGGCGCUCGGGCCGCAGGUCCAGGGACAGGCGCUCAAGAGACAGGAAGUCUAGAGACAGGGACAGGCGCUCUAGAGACCGCUCCAGGGACAGACGUUCAAAGGACCGCACCAAGGACAGAAAGUCGAGGGACAGAAAGUCACGUGACAGAAGAUCCAGUGAUUUGAUUAAGGAGCGACUCGAGAAAUCUGUGUCGAUACCACGUAAAGAAAACUUGGAAAAACCGCGAGUUAAGUCGGUAGAACGAGUAUCUCUGCCGCGCGACGAACCCAAGGUUCAAGUAUCUAGUUCGAGUCGGGAAUCUUCCGUAGAAAAAAAAGAUAAAUCCGAUUCAAAAGAUAAAACUAGGAGUAAGUCUAUUCAUUCAUCUGAUGAAGACGAUUUCGUUGCUAUACCAGUAAUACGGGAAUAUUCCAAGAGCCUUUCUCGCACACCAUCGCCGUUCCUGCGAAGGCGCGUGGCCAAGAAAUCAGACCGAUCCGCUGAUGAGGCCUCUGAAAAAGAGCAAGCCGAAGAAAAGAGAGAAGAAAGAGUUGAAGAAGUGAAGAAAACAAAACGUAAACCAAAACAAUCCGAGUCUGAAAGUGAGAGCAGCGAAGAGCCGCCGAAAUCUAAAAAAAAUAAACUGAAAAGAAAGGAGAAGGCUACUUCGAAAAGGUCAAAAAAAGCAAAGAAGGAAACCUCAUCGAGCGAUAGUGAAUCUGACGAUUCCUCAUCUAGUGAAUCUGAAGACGACAGAAAGAAGAAAAAUAAGAAAAAUUCGAAGAAGAAGUUGGCCAAGAAAUCGAGGAAGAAACGUGCUCGGUCCUCAAGUUCUGAAUCUAGUUCUGAAGAGGAGGUCAAGCAUAAGAGUUCCAAAUCGAAACAAAAGAACAUUCCAGAUGAAUCAGACGGUGAUAAAAAAUCUAAAAAACGUAAAGACCCAAGUGUUGAUAGAUUGAAAACUGAUAAAGUGGAUUCUAAGCAAGCUAAGGCUAAAAAAACAGAUCAUUCUGAUGAUUCGAAUGAUGAAAGCUCUGAAAGUGAUGAAAAAUCAAAGAAGAAAACUAAACGUGAUUCGUCUUCAGAUAAAGAUGUGAGGCGCAAGAAGUCUGAGUCUUCAAAGACUGGAUCUCCCGAGCUUCAUAAAGCAAAAAAAGAUGAUAAGACAAAAGGUAAGCAAAGUGAAGAAACAAAGGCCAAAUCCCGUGAUGAUGUCGAAAGAAAAGGUAAAAAACGCGAAAAGGACGAAUCGUCCUCUGAUAGUGAUCAGGUGUCUAAGAAGAAAGCUAAAAAGAAAGUUUCUGAUUCAGAUUCUGAUUCUGAGAGUGAUGAGCCUAAGAAGUCCAAAAAAGCUAAGAAACAUAAGAAACAUUCGAAAAAGCACAAGAAGCAUAAGAAACAUAAGAAGUCGUCUAAAAAGAAGGAUGAAUCGUCUGAAAGUGAGGAAGCAGAAGAAGAAGAAGAAAAUAAAGUCAAUAACGAGGAUUUAGAAAAGAAACUUCGAGAAAGGGCACUUAAAUCCAUGAAAAAACAAAAUAGCGCAUCUGGCUCGGAGUAAACAUGCCCCUUUAUUUUUAGUAACGCAGUCAGGCAAUUUUUUUCAAUUCGUAUUUUAAAAUGUUUGGUUUAAACACAGGCGUAGAAGUAGUUUUUAAUUUACAGUGUUGUAUUCUAACAAUAAUGAAGUAUGUAUUGUAUAACUAUAAGAUUGACAAUGUCCUCGUUGGUAAUAAACUUGAAUAGGAAAA